AUGAUGGCCUCACCCUCAGCCGUCGAGAUGGCCUCCGCUGAUUGGAGCGAGAACCUGAACUUGACUAUGAUCUGCAAGGACUGCAAGGAGGUUCCGCCCAAUCUCGUGGAGGAGUUCUCUUCUGGCGAUAUGGUCUGCGGCUCUUGCGGCCUGGUCCUCGGCGAUCGUAUCGUUGAUACUCGCUCUGAAUGGCGUACCUUUGCCAAUGAUGACCAAGGCAACGAUGACCCAUCUCGUGUCGGCGAUGGCGCAAACCCUCUCCUGAACGGAUCCCAACUCACUACUUCAAUUUCCUUCCAAGAUGGUAACUCUCGCAGUCGUGACCUCAUGCGUACUCAGAACAAAUCUUCCAACGACAAGUCUACCAAGAGUCUGCUCGCAGCAUACAAGGAGAUCGGUGCUCACUGCGACGCCGUUAACCUCUCCAAGUCUGUCUCCGACUGUGCCAAGUUAUUGUUCAAGAAGGUCGAGGACGCAAAGGCUUUCAAGGGCAAGUCCCAAGAAGCAAUCAUCGCCGGAUGUAUCUUCAUUGCCUGCCGCCAGUGCGCAGUUCCCCGUACCUUCCGAGAGAUAUACGCCUUGACAAAGGUUUCCAAGAAGGACAUCGGUCGAACAUUCAAGGCUCUUGAGAAGUUCUUCGCUCAGAACAAUGGUGGGGCUCAGAAGGUUGUUGCUGGCGUGUCAGCCGAAGAUCCAUACCAGGCCACUACCUCGACCAAUGCUCAAGAUCUUUGCGUCCGUUAUUGCAGUCAGCUCGGACUCCCAGGCAUGAAAUUUGUCAGAGUCUCUCAAGGCCUUGCAGAGAAGAUGUCUACCGUCGGUGAUCUCGCCGGUCGUUCCCCUCUCUCCAUCGCUGCCGCCUGCAUCUUCAUGGCCUCCGCUCUUCUCGGCAAUCCGAAGACCCCGAAAGAGAUUUCACAGAUUGCUGGUGUUAGCGACGGCACGAUCCGCACUGCAUACAAAUACCUGUAUCAGGAGCGAGAGAGAUUAAUCGAGCCAGCCUGGAUUGACCCGAAUGGUAAAAUAAACGGGAAGAUGGACUUGCUUCCUUCAAAUUGA